GCAGCUUCUACUGAAUUUAUUUUAAUCAACAUUUUAAUUAGCAGAUUUGACACAAGCAAAGCAAAGACACACAUGAAACUAGUCUGAAGUACGACAAAGUAUUUUCUAUUUUACUUUACUGGAGUAAAAACUUAUUAAAUAUAAAUAUCCACGUUAUUAAUGAAAUACUUUCAUUCAGCGCUUUCCUGUCUGUUCCCGGCAGCCAAUCACCUGCGAGCUCUCACGCCUCCUGUUUGCUCGUGCCGCGCUGUGUGAGCGGCACGAGCGCCGCCGCCAGCAGGACACACACACACACACACACACACACACACAGCCGUCUCCGUAACAUCAGCGUGGCGUGUCCCCCCCACCGCCACCCUCUGCCUUCACUGUCGCGAGAACGAUGCACGUAUCUGUUCAUAACCUCCGCCAUUAUUCACCCCCCCCCCCUUUCUUCCCAUGGUGCUGUUUUUUCCCGCCCCUGCAGGGUCUCUUCCUCCUCGCCACCACCGGGCUAAUUUAAAGCCCCCCUCCCCACCCCCCAGUCUCUCUCCCCCGCCUCGCCUCGUGCCAAACCCAGGUGAUUAUCCAUCCGCCCCCCGUUAUCCGCCCCCCCUCCCUCCCUCUCCUCAGUACCGACAAAUCCCUCCCGGUGCUCCCCCCCCCCUCUCUCUGUCUCCUUCCCCGCCAGCCAUGAUCCGUGGCGGGCUAAUUCCCAGACGGUCUUCUUCUUCUCCUCCUUCCUCCUCUCCUCCUCCUCCUCCUCCUCGCGGGCCCGGUAAGUAGCAGCAGCACGCGCCGUCCAUCUUCUCGUGUCCUCCUCCUCGCGCUGUCGGACUGCAUGCUGUGCUCGCGGUAUUUAUCUCUUGUUAUGGGGUCUGGCUUUCCUUCUCUUCUUUUUUCUUCUUUUUUGAUUGACCCCCCUCCCCCCCCCCCUCCCUCGCAGUGUGCCUGAGGGGGGGUGGGGGGGGGGGGGGGUUAUGUGUCGCGUGGGAGAGCCGUUCUCCCCUCGCGGCCGGUGGCCGCCGUGACCUUCUGUCGGAGCUCGCGCCGGCCCGGUUGACCAGACAGGGUAAUUAGUUACGCCUCGAGGGAGUGGGGGCGGGUGUGUGUGUGAGAAGACACACAUUUUCACACGACCUGCGCUCAUGCUCACACACACUCACACACACACACACACACACACACACACACACACAUCGCACAGACACACUCUCACACACACACACACACACACACACACACACAUCGCACAGACAAUCUCGUUCUUUUCUUGAAGCUGCACACAUUUUGUUUCCGUCUGCAGAUACACACACACACACACACACACACACACACACACACACACAUUUCACACUCAUUCACACAUGUCUUUUUCAGUCUGUUUCGUGUGUGUGUGUGUCCCCAUGAGAGCAGAUUCAGUGGUUCCAGGAAAUGAAUGGAAAGUCUGUCAUGUCCCCAAAAGUGACCAAAGUAAGCGUGUGUGUGAGCGUGCUCAGAGGUCAGAGGUCAGAGAGCGAAACGUGUCGAGCACACACAACUAACUGUGAGCGAGCGUGUGUGUGAGGUCAUGUCAGGCAUGACGAGCGGCGUGUGUGUGGAGAGCGACCUCUCCUCGAUGCUCCAGAGAAGCUCCGCCCCCUCGCACCACCACCCCAAUCACCAUGGUUACGGCGGACAAGGACAGGUGUCAAGCCUGGCGCCGAUGUUGGACUACAGCACGGAGAUGGACCGGUACCGCUCGUCCAUCGCCAGCUUCUACAAGACAAACGUGAACAUAAACAUGAACGUCACAAACUUCCCUCAGUCCGCCAAGCUGGCGGCCCGUUUGGCGGCCGCCGCUCCCAUGUUCCCCCCUGCCGCCGCUAGGCUGGGCGCCAUGGCAACGGCACCCUGGGGUUGCCACGACAACAUGAACAUGAACCACCCGGCGGCCAUGUUCUGGGGACGGCCCAAACCCGCCCCGACACACCACCACCACCCCCACCAUCACGCGUCGGCGACGCCGGGGCACAUGGCGUCAUCGCACCCCCACAGUACCAGUAUGCACCAGGGCGGCAGCGGCGGGGGGGGUGGAGGCGGAGGGAGUAACGAAGGGGGAGGAGCUGAGAAACACGGACACACCGCCUCCUCACUUCCUGUCACACAAGGACCAGCACACCAUCACCCCAACGGGAACUUCCUCCCAGGUUACGGCGGCGGGGCGGACUGCGGCAUCAUGAACAAACAGGGGCACGCCCACCCGGACAUGAUGGGCCUAUCUGAGGGCGGGAGCUGCAAUGGGGGAGGGGUGAUGGGUGGGAGCUUCCUGGGGGGGCUGGGAUUACCCCCCGGGGUCAUUGUCAUGGCGAUGGGGUCAGCAGGGGGCGGGAUCUCAGACGCCGGCAGCGCCUUCCAGAUGACCGGUGGCCAGCGGUCGCUAACGGACUGUCAGCAGCACGCCAACUCCUCCCCCUGCCCAUCCUCCUCCUCACCCUCGUCAUCGGGGGUGACGGCGGGGGGCGUGGCCCUGUCGUCCUCGUCGUCCACGUCGUCGGGGGCGGUGGCCAAGAGGAAGAGGAAGCGGUGCGGCGUGUGUGGGCCAUGCAGGCGGCUGAUCAACUGCGGCGUCUGCUCGUCCUGCCGCAACAGGAAGACGGGUCACCAGAUCUGCAAGUUCAGGAAGUGCGAAGAGCUGAAGAAGAAACCGGGGGGAGGAGGGGGGGUGCUGGAGCGGCCGCCCUCCGUCCCGACCGGCGAGGCGUUUCGAUGGUUCUUCUAGCCUCCCCUCGCUGUGAAACAGGAAGUCCCAUCACGUGCGGACUUUACAUCCAGCUUGGAUUCGAUCUGGAUCUGAACCAGACGCUUUGCAGCAGGAUUACAAAUGUCAUGUAUGGAAGACAAGUUUAAGACUACAAAUCCCACCUCAACUGGACCAGGGAACAGCUAGGAGGACGGGGGGGGGGCAGUUUGGUCAACAGGAAACCAAUCAAACGUGGUCACAGUUGCACGUUAUCCUGGACGUGCACGGGUCGUCUGGUGUUAUUCAAGCUACAGCCGCUAGAACAGCCGUUGUAGUUUGUUUUUAAGUUAGCGUCCCAGAAAGCUACAGUUAGCCGGUCACAACCAUCAAUUGGCCAAUCAGAGUUUAGUAGGCGGGAUUAAGAAUGAACGGGAUUAACUGGGACAGAUCUCGACAGUUAACAAUCGGCAACAUCUUUAUAUUCCGUUGAUCCGGGAACUAAUAUUAUAGCGAUGUGGAAUCCGAUAUGCGCACAUAUGUUGUCCACAUAAUUGCAGCAAAGUUCUUGUCGUGGAAUUAACAUAUUAUUAUUAUGCCUGACAUCCCACUGGCAGACGCAGACAUGAUGUUCACAUUAUAUUUAAAGAUGCUAUAUUUAUUUUUAUAAAUAAGUGACAUGAUGAGAUAAAUGUCACGUGAACAAGGCAUCAGGAGCGUGUCCGGUAGAAUUUAAAGGAUGGAUAUCGGAGAAAGUAAAGCCGACUAAAAUGCGAUCCUUUCUCUGAAAGCUUGUGAAAAGGUUCCAAUUCAGUAAACGCCAAAUUCAGAUUUACAACUGGGAAGCAAAUUAUUGUGAAAGCUCAGAUUUAUCACUGAAACAAAGCAAACAGAACAGACCGAAGCCCGUUCGUUACAUCGUCAAUAAACAAUACUUUAACCCUCUCACGUCAAGCUGUCGCAGUUGACCGAGGAAUGCUCUAAAUAUUAGAAAAUCCUCCAAACUGUCUCCUUCUUCCUCUUCUUCCUCUUCCUCCUAGCAAACCCAAACCCCGGCGUAGCCAAACCAGGACGAUUCUCAAGUGGAACAGAAACUACGACAGUUUGACCAAAACCGGACGACAAGUUAACCUCAAAACUUUACCACCGAGGGAAAACGAACUGACCUCAGCAGGAAGUGAUCCAGGACUGUUAUUAAGGACUACAACUUCCCCACAGUAGGACUACAACUACCACAUCACUGUUAUCUGUCUCUUCUGUCUACCUCCUCCUCAAGAACUAAAAAAGGCACCUUGAUUGAUUUUUACCGGGCUGUGUUCACGCUGGUACGACUUAGUCUGCUUCUCAACUCUCUGGAUGGUCCGAGCCGACCCCCCCCGCUCACAUUUCUUUAUGUAACACUUUAUUUGGAUUUUAAUGGAAAGUUCUCAGGGCGCAGUCAUACUUCCACAUGGUUUUAUAUGAACUAAAGCAGACUGGAUAAACUCACUUUGUUGUAUUUUUGUAUUUGCGUAAAAAGGUGGCGUUGGAAGGUUUGUAAUUUCUGUUGUUUGAUAAGAAAAGUCGAUUUCUUUCUCUGAAUAUUGGCUCUAAAUUGGCGCAUCCAGUCCCAAACCUUCAGACUUGUAAAGUCUGCAUGGGUCAAACCCUCACCAGGACCUCACAGAGAGUUCAGAACCAGUUUCUCUGCAGAUUGUGCCACAUGGUGACCAACAGGAAACAGCAGUUUACAUGCAGCGUGGGAGCUCGCAGGGAACCUUCGUUCUGAGCUGGGACUCGAACCCGAACGAGAACAUUUCAACAGUAAAAACAUUUCCGACACGUCUGCGGUUCUGGUUUUGCCCCCGACAUGUUCUGUGAUGCCUUCCCACAAAAUUAAAAUUAAAUUAAAUUAAAUUCCCACAAAACGAUGGACGACUUAAAAACGUUCUUGAGAGCUUUUCAGUUGUUAAAGGAGAACUUCUCCCACAACACGUUGCUCCUCCAUCAGCUGGAAGUCUUAAAGACAACGUAGCUCUUCUCUCCUCGGGGAGCGAAGAAUCAAACAACUUGGAGGUCGCGUUUAACAUUCGAACUAUCGUUACGUGUUUGGGGAAGUUUUUCCUUUAACAAGUCUUGUUUUGAAAUGUUAAUCUGAUGACUGUGGAGUAAUCUGGCACCAACAGACCUGUUCGCGUGCUCGCUAUCCAAAUACCGAUUUAGUCCAAUAAAGUCCUGGGACCUGUCUUUUACUCUUUUUCCUACGUUAAAAUCUGGCGAAGCGGUAUGGCUCCAAAGACGGCGGGUUUUUCCGAUCGUUCUCUGUGGGAAUGUUUUUGCAAUUUUCGUGAGAACAGAAGACAAUUUCCUCCAAAAUGGCUUUUAGAAUUAAAUCAUCGUGCGUUGAGGUUAUAGCUGCAACUAACAAAUAAAUCUUUUGUUGUUUGGUUUAUAAAAUGUCAGAAAAUAUUGGACUCAAAUAAUAUAUCAUAUAAAUAUAUAUACACACAC